GUGUUUUUCUCUUCCUCCUCUUUGAAGACGCAGAAGACCCGGAAGCCGUGUGUUUGCAGAGAGAGCCAACGAUACACACUCCCAAACAUACGUAGAAGAAGAACUGAAAACACGCAAUUGAGACACAAUGGCAGGACUUCCCCGCAGAAUAAUGAAGGAAACUCAGCGUUUGCUUGCAGAGCAUGUCCCAGGCAUCAAGGCUGAGCCUGAUGAGGGCAACAACCGCUACUUUCAUGUAGUCAUUGCUGGACCUCAGGACUCACCCUUCGAAGGGGGCACAUUCAAACUUGAACUCUUUCUACCAGAAGACUAUCCUAUGGCAGCUCCUAAAGUCCGCUUCAUGACCAAAAUAUACCAUCCUAAUGUAGACAAGCUGGGGAGAAUAUGUCUAGACAUUUUGAAAGAUAAAUGGUCACCGGCUUUGCAAAUUCGCACAGUGCUGUUAUCAAUUCAAGCAUUACUAAGCGCACCCAAUCCUGAUGAUCCCCUAGCAAAUGAUGUUGCAGAGAUGUGGAAGACCAACGAAGCUGUAGCCAUACAGACAGCCAGAUCAUGGACCAAGCUUUAUGCGGGAAACAAAAACGAAAUAUAAAGCAGCCCAUGAGACACAAAUGGAAGUCAAGUCUGAACACAACUCCUCAUGUUCUGCCAAGACCUCUUCCUACCAUCUGCAUUGAAAGGACACAGUCUUAUAUACACACACAUUAAAGAAAAUAAACAUGAUUAUUAAAGGAAAACACAACCUAUGACAGUGAUUCAAACCAACACUUGUCAUGAAAUGGCGUGUAUUUGUCCUAACCCACUACUGUUGCAGUGCAUGGGCAGAGGUUAAAAUCUUCUCAAGUUGCUUUCUUGAUCCAUUCUGGGAGAUUUCAUCAACUGCUUAAAGUACACUUGGAGGGUAAAAGGGUGUCCGGUAUCAGGGAAGGUGUGGAAUAGGUGAGAAACUGACUAGAUCUGGUGAACUAAGGUAUAUAUUUUAUGUUUGUCUGUUUUAAACUUUCUUUUAAUUUUAUGGGUUUUUUAAGAGCAGCUACUGCUACUAACUUACUGUAUCUAGACACUCACCUAGAAGAGACCGACCAAGAGUUCUGUCAUGCUGCAAUGAUGUAGCAUGACUCAAACAUUGUAGGGCUGUGUGCGUCCUCUUCAAUUCCCAUCUGGCUUAAUGAAUUAUAAAAAGACUGUAAAACAAACUGAGCCUUUCUCAUUAACUUUUAACCACUCUGUAGACUUGGAUGUACUGUAAGCUUGGCCAUGUCUAGGCUAAUAUGGACCUUUUUUUUAGUGCAUAGUGUAUGUUUUAUUACCAUAUCCAGACUUUUAUAUGUGGUUCAGUCUUACUACAGCCAUACUAACGGCUCUGCUUGUUUUCCAAUGUGCUGUUACAGUUUAAUCCACAGUGUAGUGGUGAGGUUCGAGGGGCGGACCUGCGUUUAACUUCUGA